AGGGAUGGACGGCAACUAUUCACCAGCUCACUCCGAUUAUGAUAACUAUUGCUAAAUAGUAUAAUUGAUAAACGUAAGGGAGAGCACAACUGCUUACCGGCUAUUAUGGACCGUCCAGCUGACGAACUUGGUCAAGUGUUAGGUUUGGGAGACCACUGUUCAGUUGAUCACUGUCGUCAGAUUGACUUCCUACCGUUUAGGUGUGACUGUUGUAGCCAGACUUUUUGCCUUGAGCAUCGUUCCUACAGUGCACAUGCGUGCCCUAACGCUGGAGCGAAGGAAACGACUGUCAUCGUCUGCCCUGUUUGUGCAAAGAGCGUCCGACUUGCGCCUGGGCAGGAGCCUAACGCGGCUUUUGAUGCCCAUCAACUAACGGAUUGCGACCCUGCGAACUACGACCGAGUCCAUAAGAAGCCCCGCUGCCCAGUCGCUGGCUGUAAGGAAAAGCUGACAACUAUCAACACCUAUCGCUGCAAAAGCUGCGGCCAGCGGAUCUGCCUUCGACAUCGUGACCCCGGGGACCACCGCUGUGCUGAGCUCCAAGCUGCCGGCCGGCAGACCAGGGUCACAGCAUCGGCCGCCCGAACCUCCGCCCCCACCUCCAAGCCCCCACCCAGCACCGCCUCAACCGCCCCCAGCGCCCGCCUCAACCCCCAACAGUUGCAUGCGGCCGCACAGCGACAGUACGACGACCCAGAAAACUCCGUUCGCGGUACGGCAGCCCGUCGCAUAGCUCAGGCGCAGGCGGCGCAGCAACAAGCUCAAGCGCCACAAAGCCGUUGGUCCUGGCCCUGGCAACAGCCCCAGCAGCCCCCUCAGCCUCAGUCUGGGCCCCCGCAAGCGCCCUCUGCGCCCGCACAGCCCGUACAGACAGCAGCAGCUCCUCCUCCGCCGCCGCCGCCGCCAGCAGCGCCGUACGGCAACAGCGGUAACAGCGGCAAGUCCAGCACUGCCGCGGGCAACAGCGGCAGUAACGCCAACCCGCUUGUUCCUCCCCACCGGCCCGAGCAGUGCCCCCAAUGUGGAGCUCGCUUCGAAACCGUGGCUAGACUGAUCCAACAUGUGGAGGAUUUCCAUCCUUCAGGCCCAUCUUUGGUCGCCUCCACCGCUGCUGGCGCUUCGCCCUCCGCUGCUGCUACAGCCACCCCACCGCCUGGUGACGGCGGCAACAGGGAUAGUAACAACGCUGCUGCUGUUGGUGGUUUCUUUGGGAACCCGCUGCGUGGUUUGAUGGCUUCAACUAUUGCAGGUGGAGAGGCGCCGCCAGCGGCGCCGGCCGCCUUGUCGUACAAUGCCGCAUUCGGCGGUCUUACGACAACCGCACCCUUGGCGGCGGCGGCGGCGGCCGGCAUUGUUGGUGGUUCCGCAGGUGUGGAGGAGUUCCGGUGUUCGUACUGUGCGCGCACCUUCCAUGACCCGGUGGUGCUGGUGCAGCAUGCCGAGAGGUGUGGAGCGGCGGCAGGGGGAGCGGGAGCGGCAGGGGGUGCGGGGGAGUCUCGAGAUGGCUGCAUCGUGUGCUGAGGAGGGGAGCGGCGGGAGUGGCGGGCGCUGAGCCGGAUCAGUCGAUAUGGUGUGGUGUGUGGCUCGCUGAUGAGCUGGUUCGUCCAGGGGGCUAUUAGUUUAUAUCAUGCCAUCUCAUAUUGGCCAUAUUGGUACCGUAGAUAAGGGACUGGUGAGGCUGGUGGCAAUCAAGAUGAGCGCCGAGUUGAAAGUGAGCUGCGGAGGGCAGGACGGGUUAUCGUGCUAGAUGUGGUCUUGGGGAAGGGAUUUGGUGUAGAUCAAUGGGUUGAGAGGCUUAGGAGGGUAGCCGACUGACUGACUUGCAGAGGUGUGACCUGCGAUCAAGCAGUUGUGGCAUGCGUAUUGCUUCGGCAAAGAGCCUCUCAGGUAAAGGUGGCUUUCAUCGUGCUGCUGAUUUUGUAUGCCAAGUACGGGUUAUGGGUGGAAGACUUGCCGUGCCUAUGUGAUCCUUCAAGCUACAAGUACCGGUACUCAGUUACUGUGUGAACUGUGCAUGCUGCAUACUCGCAUGUAUGUGACGGCAGUCCUGGCCGCUAUGUUCUCCGCUAGGCCAGGACGCUACACCUUGGGGCUGUGUGUAAGGGCGCGACGGAUG